AUGGCGAUGACCGGGGUAGUCAUGUCGAAACCUAUUGCGUUAGUUGAUGGUUCCGUGGGUAUAUACGCCCCUCCAGAUCCCACCAUUGCAAGAUCCGGCCUGCUUCGCGAUUCCCCGAAAAACCCUUCAUCCGAGCCCGAUGUCUUAUUGCUCAAUCUCAAGCCGCGUGCUCGAUUGCUAUUGCCCAAUACCACCUGCUUGACUUUGGAAUGGGCAAAUCAUGAUGCCAUCGCAGGCGGAUGCACCAAUGGUUACAUUGUGAUCUGGCAUGUCCUUGACGUCUUGACGUCUGUCGCGUCGACCUCGAAUGUGUCCACCACACCUUUUGAACCAAUCAACAUUCGGCCCACCCAUUAUAUCUCGUUACACGCUGCACCCGUAAGGUCUUUGCAAUGGAUCCGAACCCCUCCCCUCAACCAGAAGGGUGAGCCUGAUACAGACCAAGACCCCAGUUUCUUGGCAUCCACGGGGUAUGAUGGAAGCCUCAAGCUUGUUGAUACAGACGACAUUGCAAGUUCAGCAACUUUAAUUCACGAAAGAGACCCUGUAAUGAAUUCAAGUUAUUUGCGGGAUCUCUUGUCGUCAGGUGAAACGACCUCACUCGCCUUCUCUCCGACUCUAGGCUCUCUACAUUUGGCCGAUUCCGAUUAUAGUAUCAAGGCUAUAUGUCUGAAACCUAGGGAUCUGGGGGUCUCCAAGAAAAUAUUGAUUCAGCUAGGACUACUAUGGCAACUCGCAACUUCGGACUUACAUUCCUUCAUUGCAUAUGCCGGAGCCGAUGGUGUCUGUGGAUUAGCAUCAAUGAUCAGACCGCAGAAGUACAAGAGUCGUGCGGCGCUUGAACUAACUCGCGCAUGGACACAUCAGACGAUGUGGGCGCCGAAAGUGUUUCAGCUCGAUUUCAGUAGGAAUACUGGCGAACUCAGGAUGCUGGAUAAUAUCCAACCGGAUCCACGUUCGAAUGAUGGUACCGCGGUGGUCAACGAAGUCAUUGCGAAACCAAAGAGUAAUAAAGCCAAGGACUCGUCACGCAAGGGUGGCAAGCCACGGACAGGUCAAGUGGCUCAGACAAACAGUCCUGUGGGCAUUUGGCCACCGAUAGUGGCGGUACAUUGUGUCAGUUGGUGCCCCUCAAUCAGACGGGCCACCAUAUUGGCGAGUGGAACGGGGUGUGGUCUGGUACGGGUAGAUGCUGUCGAGGGAGGCUGGCAUGGGAAAGGGAUGCGAUUUGGAGGAAUUGACGAAUUAAUGGAUGGAGCGGCUGAUCCCAACAAUCAGACUGCCUGCAAGGAAGAAGAAGAUGAAUACAUGGACCUAGGUGAUUGA